AUGGGUGGUCCAAUUAUUGCUAUCAAGGUGGACGCAGCUCUUAAGAUCCCUCCUCCAAGCACAGGCCUCAAAGAGUGCAUGAGUGCAGACAAGACCAUCGUGAGUGUGGCGGACGUGAUGUCAAAGUUGAACGGACUGGGUCUGGUCGAGCUUGAUGAGCCAUGUCUCAACCAGAGCGACCCCGCAGUUGUACAGUUGGAUGUUGAAUUCUCUCAGAAACUCCGAUCGAUGACUCAAUGUGGGAAUCUUGAUUUCUUACAAGUUCGCAAAGUGGCAUAUCCUGAGACCAUCAAUCAGAGAGAGGUUGACAACUGGAUAACCCAAAUCGAGGAGCUCCACAAGGACGAGAAUGCGCCCUCAUCGGUCAUGAACUAUUCUCACAAGAUGCCUUCCAUCGAUCAGCUCAUGGAGGCAUGGCCACCGGAGAUGGAAGAGUAUCUCUCCUCGUCCAAUGCCGUCCUUGACCCUAACCCAAAUCUGGAUGUGGAUUUGAUCACCUACAUUCGGUAUCAUCAAUCUCUCGUGCAGCUCUGUACCCCGUAG